AUGAAGGGUCCUCGAUCUCGUCCUGCCGACUCGCAGGCCGUGUCUUCAGACACCAAGGAUCAAAGAUCGGACGUAGAGGCGUCUACUUCGUUGGCACCACCUCCACGCCCUGCUGCGACUGCUGCUAGCGAUACUCCCGACUACUUCAAUUCCGUUCAUAAUCCUUUCUCGCUCGAGCCCAACCCUUUCGAGCAGUCCUUCGGCACUGGCAACUCGGGCGAAACCCCCGGAAAGUCGCUGCUGCCUCCCGUCGCGGCCCUCACCUCUCCUGCCCUGCCUGGCGCAUCCGCCAGCGGUGGCUACAACUGGUCCAACUCCCUGCGCUCAGGGCCCCUUAGCCCGGCAAUGCUCCCUGGCCCAACCGGUUCUAAUGACUACUUUGACAGUAUUGGAAGAGGCUUCCCGACUCCUAACGAGUCAUCGCUCCGGACAGGCUUGACCCCCGGCGGUGGUGGCUCCAUGUUCCCCGCCCCAAGCCCUAACUCCCAGGCUUUGCUGCAACAACUUCAAAGCGGCGGGGCCACUCCGUCCACCAUCGAAUUCCACCGCACCGCGCUGGCCGCCAAGAAGAAUACCGGGAGCGGUCCCACCUCCAAUGCGAACGAUCCAGAACCAACCUCCAACCCGACCAUGGACCAGAAACCUCAACCCACCGCCACGGACUUUACCCAACACGAUGCGGCCGAUGCGGCUAACGGCCUUUUCAUGCUUGCCAAGGGUGGUCAGGCGAACAACAUGCAAAUGAACCAAGGCCCCAUGAUGCAAAACGAGACGCGUUCGGCCGCCCGACGCGUGUCGCAAAAUAACGGUCCCAGUGCUCGCGAGAUGAGUGGCGACGUAUCGGACCAGGAGCUUUCCAAGCCCACUGCCAAGGGUAAGGGCAAGAAAAAUGCCCCCAAGGCAAACGCCGCCAACAAUCGUCGUAAGGCGGAUGAGGCUGCUGCCAAGGGCCCCAACAAGAAGGCGAAGAUGACCGAGUCACCCUCGGACGAUUCGGAGGAUGAGGAGAUGAAGAACUCCAACAUGGACCCGAAGAAGAUGACCGACGAGGAGAAGCGGCGAAACUUCCUGGAACGGAACCGUGUCGCGGCCCUCAAGUGUCGUCAAAGGAAGAAGCAGUGGCUCGCCAAUCUCCAAGCCAAGGUUGAGCUCUUUACGACAGAGAACGAUGCUCUUACCGCCACGGUGACCCAGCUUCGCGAGGAGAUCGUGAACCUCAAGACUCUCCUGCUGGCCCACAAAGACUGCCCCGUCUCUCAAGCCCAAGGUUUGGGCCCUCUGAUGAUGAACGGGAUGUCGACUGGAUUUGACCCGCACGCCUACGGUAUGCCCGCCCAAAUGGGUAUGCCACCGGGUCCACCGAUCCCAGCCCAGGGUAUGCGCCGAGCAUGA